CUCGCUCCCACACACGCACAGGCCGGCCUGCGGUGCGGAGUGCGGAGCUGCGGCAACAAGUACUGUACCACCGCGCCCCGCGACGUCGACCAUUGCCCGUUGCCCGAUCCAGUCGGCUUCUGCAGGGACUCGCUGCCGGACGUCAACAUGCUGCGCACCGUGGUCAAGUCGGCGGCCGUCCGCCAGCUGCAGGAGGCGUGCAGGAAGCCGAGCUCGCUGGCCGGCGCCGUGCAGGCCGUCAGCAACUACGCCACCGCCUCCCUGCCGGCUCCCCAGCAGGACGCCAAGGCCCUCUACACUGGCAUAUUUAUCGACAAUGAGUGGCACAAAUCGUCUUCUGGCAAGACUUUCAAGACGGUCAACCCAGCCACUGGUGAGGCCAUCGCCGAAAUUCAGGAGGGUAGCAAGGCUGAUAUUGACAAGGCUGUCAAAGCCGCCAAUGAGGCCUUCCGCCUUGGCAGCCCAUGGCGCACUAUGGAUGCCUCCCAACGGGGCUUCCUCCUUAAUAAACUUGCCGACUUGAUUGAAAGGGAUGCUGUGUACCUUGCAUCUCUGGAAACUUUGGACAAUGGCAAGCCAUACAACAUGUCUCUGCCUGUUGAUGUGCACGGGGCUGCCAACAACUUGCGCUACUUUGCUGGCUUUGCUGACAAAUUCCACGGCAAGACUAUCCCCAUGGACGGACCCUUCUUCUCAUUCACCCGUCAGGAGCCAGUUGGAGUUGUCGGAUCUAUCUUGCCAUGGAACUUCCCCAUCAUGCUCCUCUCAUGGAAACUAGGGCCAGCACUUGCCAUGGGCAAUACCAUUAUUGUGAAGCCCGCUGAGCAGACCCCUUUGACCACUCUCCACGUUGCGCAGCUGGCUAAGGAGGCAGGAUUCCCUCCUGGUGUCAUCAACAUUGUGCCUGGCUACGGUGAGGCAGGCAAGGCCUUAGUAGAGCACCCCAAUGUAGACAAAAUUGCCUUCACUGGAUCUACUGAGGUUGGUAAACUUAUUCAAGCUGGAGCUGCUCGCACUCUUAAGAGAGUGACUCUUGAGCUUGGUGGAAAGUCCCCUAACAUCAUUUUGGGUGAUGUGGAUCUCACUGAGGCUGUUGAAACCGCUCACUUUGGUCUCUUCUUCAACAUGGGUCAGUGCUGCUGUGCAGGCUCCCGUACUUUUGUACAGGAGGACAUUUAUGAUAAAUUUGUUGAGGCUGCUGCUGAGCGUGCCAAGAAGAAAACAGUGGGCAGCCCAUUCGACCUGAAUGUGGAGCAGGGACCCCAGAUUGAUGGUGAGCAGAUGGACAAAAUCCUUGACCUCAUCAAGAGUGGUGAGAAGGAAGGUGCCAAACUUGUUGCUGGUGGCAAGAGGGUUGGAGACAAGGGCUUCUUUGUUGCUCCCACUGUUUUUGCUGAUGUCAAGGAUAACAUGCGCAUUGCAAAGGAAGAGAUUUUUGGUCCAGUUCAGCAGAUUAUUCGUUUCAAGACUGUUGAUGAAGUUAUCGCCAGGGCAAACAACACUGACUACGGUCUUGCUGCCGCUGUUAUGACCAAGGACAUCGACAAGGCUAUGUACAUCAUGCAAGCCCUGAGAGCUGGAACUGUCUGGAUUAACACUUACAACGCCCUGUCUGUCCAAGUGCCAUUUGGUGGUUACAAACAGUCAGGAUUUGGUCGGGAUGCUGGUAUGGAUGCCCUGAAUGCCUACAGUGAAAUCAAAUCAGUCAUUGUCAAGGUUCCUCAGAAGAACAGUUAAACUCCACUGGUCGCUCCUUCUGUAUUCUUCUGUAUUUCCAAUGAAACGCUUAAGCCCAAGCCCAAGUCAAUAAGUCAAUAAGCACAACUGCCUACAUGUGUGACAUGAGCUGUGAAAAUUUUGUAAUCAAUGUUAUUAUUUUUGUCUAUUUCUGAUUGAUUUUUGUUCUGAUAUUAAAUGUUUAGUCAUGUAAGUUUUGCACCAAUAGUAUGAAUGGUUAAAGUAACUGAUGUGAAUGCUGUGAAAAUAAAAUCCGUACUCUUUACAAAACAG